GAGGAGUAGAAACAACAAGCCGCCAUUUUGUUUGUGCGGACAGACCGUCAGAAACGGGAGGAGAUAAGAACCGAAGGAAGGAGCGACUCCGGCGACCGACGGCAGCCGCUCCGUGAACCACCACCGCGGCUACAGGAAGAGAGUCUCCUCGGUGAAAAUCUAAACACACACAGAGAGGGACGGAGAAGAGGCAUCGAGGCGAAGAUAAGACGCCAGUGGAGGGAGUGAAAAACCGACUCGGUGACAUAUUUAAAUAUAUAUAUUUAUAUAUAUUUAUAUGUAUGUAUGCACGAGAAGGAAAUACUCCGGAAAAAAAAAAAAAAUCCAAAAGGAAGGGGGUGUUUUGCGGAGCGGAGACGGGGGAGGAGAGGCGGAAGAGAGGCUGAAAACGAGAGGAGAAAACCUGCGAAAAAAAAAACAUCAACAUGAAAAAUCAUUAUGAGUCCAUCGCGGAGGAAGGAAAGAGCCCGCAUAGACAAUUAUAUAAAUAAAUUGCUACCGGGAAGAAGGGAGAGGUGGAAAGAAAGACGGUUUUAAAGAAGAAAAAAGGAGAAAGAGAAGGAGAAGGGGGGCUUCAGCCAUCAACAAAGAGUCAAUGAGAGGAUUUUGUCAACCUGAAAUAUUUUUUUUUUUAGAAGAAGAAGGGGGGUGGGUGUCAAGAUUGUUGUGCCGAUCUUGAAUCUUUUCCGCUUUCGAAAUAGCCAUAUUUCUUUUUUUUUUCUUCAUUUUUUUUUUUUUUUAUUAUUGUCGCUUUUCUUCCUUGGAAAUCCUGGAGAGAGAAAAAAAAUAAUAAAUCACCAUCAAGAGGAGGAUGAAAGAAAAACCAGAAGAUAAGUAACAUCCACAAAAAAAGAUAAGAAUAAUAACUUAAUUGGAUGAAUCUGAUUUGCAAUUAAGAGCCGUGAUUGGCCCUGAAGUCUGCACACGUUUUAUUUAGAGGAUUUUUAUGAUUAUUAUUAUUACUAUUAUUAUUAAUUGCCAACCGUGCAUAUGUGCAAUACGGAGGUUGUUAUUUUCUAAACCCAGUGCCUUUUGCAUGGUCCACACACUUAAGUGCAAAGAUUAAUAAGCAUGCAAAAAGGAAACGCAUGGGAAUCCGCAGUAGGUUUUUAUUUUUGAAAGUCAGCAAGCGUGUGGCUCCCGUGUUCCCAUCUUUCUGCAGAAGUUCAGAAGCCAAUGCAAGUAGUUUUCUCUCUCUCUUCGCACCCCGAGAUCCUCCACACACCGGUUGACUGCCUUCCUUUUAUUUUUUAUUUUUUUUAUUUAGUAGUAGUGGUGGUGGUGGUGGUGGAAGGGGAGAUGUCUGCUCAGGUGAGAGAGAUUUUAAACGAUCUCACAAUAUUAUUAACUGUUGCAUGAGAGAAAGAGGAAGAGGAGAAGCUGCUGAAGUUUUGGAUCUAUCUUUUUUUUUUUUGUCUUGCACAAGGAAGGAGACAUUUUUUUUUUUUUUUUUUUAAAAAGAGGUUUUUUAAUCCGCUAAUUAUGGCGGAGAGGACUGUGUGCAGCUGCAGGACGGAGGACGGAUCCCGGGACGAGUUUCGUGUCGCAGAAGAAGAAGAGGCUACAUGAGGUUGUCAAGAAAAAGGGCCGCACACGCUUCUCUCGCCUUUUCUCCGCCGACUCCACCUUCCCACCUCCUCCUGUUCAAAUCUGCGAAGAAACAAAAUCUCCGACAGGGGAGGAGGAGGGGGACUGAUAUCUGCAGAGAGGAAUAAACCGAGAGAGAGGGAGAAGGGCUUGGAGAAAAAAAAAAAAAGAGUUCAACAGUGCUGUCCUCUCUCCCCUACCGUCCCCCCCGAGCGGUGGGGGGAAACGAUUGGAAAACCUUUCUUUUUAAAGGGUGCAGGAUAUAUAUAUAUAUAAAUAUAUAUAUAUAAAAAAAGAGGAGGGACUACGUUCGCCCUCCUGCUUGGAUUUACACACAUUUUUCUUUUUAAUUCCGUCUAAAAUAUGGCCGAUAAUGUCCUGGAGUCCGGCCCGCCUUCAGCCAAGAGGCCCAAGCUGUCCUCUCCAACUCUCUCCGUGUCUGCCAGUGAUGGAAACGAUUUCGGCUCCCUCUUCGACUUGGAGCACGACCUCCCGGACGAGCUCAUCAGUUCCUCGGACCUGGGGCUGACGAACGGAGGGGACGCCAGCCAGCUCCACACCAGCCUCGGAGGGCUCGGCGUCGGGGUCGGAGGCCAGGAUGCCGCCGCGAAACACAAACAGCUGUCUGAACUCUUGCGCGCCGGAGCCGCGUCGUCGGCGCAGCAGCAGCAGCAGCAGCAGCAGGGCGGCCCCGCUUCCAAUAACGCGCCGUCCGGGGCUUCCAUGGGGAUGAUGGGGGGCGUCACCCCCGGCGGGCCUCAAGGCAUGCCCCCCCAGGGCCAGCAGCAGCAGCAGCCUGGAUUAAUGCAGCAGGUCGGGAUGGUCGGAGGAGUGGGGGCGCUCAAUCGGGCGGCGGCCAUGAUGGGUGCACAGAAGGGCAACGCUGGACCGCAGCAGCAGCAGCAGCAGCAGCAGGGGCUGAUGGGGGGGCAGGUGGUGAACGGCUCGCCGAGAAUGGGAUACCCUGGAAGUGCAGGCAUGGGUAACAAUAGUAAUCUAUUGGCAGAAACCCUACAGCAGCAGCAGCAGCAGCAGCAGGGCGGUCAGCAAAUGGGAGCCGGAGGUCAGGCGGGAAUGAGGCCUCAGCAGCCCGGAGCACUGAGCAAGAUGAAUAUGAUGGCCAACGCGGGCCCCUAUGGCGGUCCGUACGGCCAGGCGGCCGGCCAGGGGCUGCACGGAGCAGGGCUGGGCCCACAGCUCCAGAACAAGGCAGGUAUGCCCAACAAUAUGGCCGCCCAGUUCAGCAUGGACAAGAAGGUGCCAGCGGGUCAAGGGAUGCCUGGCAUGCAGCAGCCCGGAUCAGUCGGCGGAGGGGCGGCGGUGGGAGGUCCCCAGGUCGGACUCAACGCCGUCGGGGCCGGACCCGGCUCGGCGCCCCCCACGGCGGACCCCGAGAAGCGGAAGCUGAUUCAGCAGCAGCUGGUCCUCCUCCUCCACGCCCACAAGUGCCAGCGGAGGGAGCAGGCCAACGGGGAGGUGCGACAGUGCAACCUGCCUCACUGCCGCACCAUGAAGAACGUGCUCAACCACAUGACUCACUGCCAGGCCGGCAAGUCCUGCCAGGUGGCGCACUGUGCCUCGUCCAGACAGAUCAUCUCUCAUUGGAAGAACUGCACGAGACACGACUGUCCCGUUUGUCUGCCGCUGAAAAACGCCGGAGACAAGAGGAACCAGCAGUCUCUAGUGAACAGUGCAGGCGUUGGUUUGGUGAACUCGUUGGGUUCAGGUGUGCCGGGCGGACAGUCCAACGCCCCCAGCCUGAACCCCCCCAACCAGAUCGACCCCAGCUCCAUAGAGAGGGCCUACGCUGCCCUCGGCCUCCCCUACCAGGGAAACCAGAUGCCACAGCAGCCAGUGCAGGGCAACAUGUCCAACCAGGGGCUGCAGGGACAGGCUGGGAUGAGGUCCCUAAACGCCAUGGGAGGAAACUCGAUGGGUGUGAAUGGUGGGGUGGGGGUUCAGGCCCCCAACCAACAGUCCAGCCUGUUGCCAGACGCCAUGUUGCACAACAGCAUGACUGCACAGAGUUUGAUGAGUGACGGUGUGAACCUGGGCUCCAUGCCCACCGCCACGCCUCCUUCCGCUGCAGGCAUGAGGAAAUCCUGGCACGAGGACAUCACGCAAGACCUCCGCAACCACCUCGUCCACAAGCUCGUGCAGGCCAUCUUUCCCACGCCGGACCCGGCAGCGCUGAAGGACCGGCGGAUGGAGAACCUGGUGGCGUACGCUCGCAAAGUAGAAGGCGACAUGUACGAGUCGGCCAACAGUAGGGCUGAGUACUACCACCUGCUGGCGGAGAAGAUCUACAAAAUCCAGAAGGAGCUGGAGGAGAAGAGGAGGACGCGGCUGCAGAAGCAAGGCAUGAUGCCGGGUCAACCGGGCCCCGGCCUCCCACAGGGGCCUCCCAGCAUGGGACAGCCGCCCAUGCCCCCGGGUCCUCCCCCCAAUGGUCCUCACGCUGACCCGGCCAUGGUCAGACCGGCUGCACCGAACCAGAUGGGCAACAGGAUGCAGAACCCAGCGGGAAUGAACCAGUUCGGGCAGAUGGGGAUGCAGCCGAUGGGUCAGAGGUCGACGCCGCCUCUUCCUCUCAAUCCUCCGAUGAACCAGAUGGGAAUGGGACAAGCAGCGAGGAUGGGUCAGCCCAACGCCACGCAGCUACAGAACCAGUACCUCCCCCAGGGCCAGUUCCCCGGGUCCAGCCCUGGUCUUGGUUCUGGUCCUGUUGGCAUGAACCAGCCAGGAGCGCAGACGCCCGGGCCGCCGCAGAACCAGAUGUCGACGCCACCCUCCCACCCGGCCAGCAGCCCUGCGGCUCAGUCCGCCUCCUCGGCUCCAGGCCCCGUGGCCCCCGGAGGCUCCAUGAACUCGGCGGCUAACGCCGGCGGAGCCGGGCCCCUCCCCAACCUGCCUCCAUCCUCCACCCCCACCCAGCCCAACUCCUACCCCCACUGCCCGCCCAUACGGACAAACUCGCCGUCGCCGGCUCGCAGCUUGACGCCUCAGCCGCAUCAGACGCCGCCGACGUUACCGCGGUCCCAGACGCCGCAGCCGCAGACGCCCGGGACGCCCCAGCUACCCCCUCCUCAGCACCCGCAGCAGCAACAAGCCUCACAACCACAGCAGCAGCAGCAGUCGUCGUCGGGGCAGGCGGUGAACUCUGAGAAAGCCAAUCAGCAUCCACAGCUGGGGGGCGUGGCUUCUUCGGGUCCCCACUCGAACCAGACGUCCUCGGUGCCGACGCCGUUACAGCGGCCGCAGACGCCGAUGACUCCGAAGACUUCUCUGGGGGCGGACGGCGGCGUCUCCUCUCCGGCCUCGGUCGCCAGCAGCAUGAAUCCCAACUCCCAGCUCGCCCCCAACGCCGAGGGUCCCGCCUCCACCCAGGAGGACGGCAAAAUGGAGGUGAAGAAGCAGCAGCAGGAGGAUGAGGAGGAUGAAGGAGCCGAGAGCCAAGGAGAAGGCAAAGGGAAGAUGGGGAAGGGUCAGUCUGACGUGAAGACGGAGGAGAAACCAGAGAUCAAGAAAGAGAAGCUGUCGGGAGACGGGUGUAAAGGCGAGCCCAUGGACACGUCCUCGUCCUCCGUGUCGACGCCGUCGGUGGCGACGAGCGAAGACAAGAAGCCGGAGGUGAAGAAGGAGCCCAAAGAGGAAGAGGAGGGUUCAGGGUCGGCGGCAAACAGCAGCUCCCCAGCCAGCGCUCAGAGCAAGAAGAAAAUCUUUAAGCCGGAGGAGCUGCGUCAGGCUCUGAUGCCCACCCUGGAGGCUUUGUACCGGCAGGACCCUGAGUCCCUUCCCUUCCGUCAGCCGGUGGACCCCCAGUUACUGGGAAUACCCGUACGUAUUCGAACUAGUAACAAAACUAACCUGGACUACUUCGACAUCGUGAAGAACCCCAUGGACCUGUCGACCAUCAAGCGGAAGCUGGACACGGGACAGUACCAGGAGCCGUGGCAGUACGUGGAGGACAUCUGGCUGAUGUUCAACAACGCCUGGCUCUACAACCGCAAGACGUCCCGCGUCUACAAGUACUGCUCCAAGCUGGCCGAGGUGUUCGAGGCGGAGAUCGACCCCGUCAUGCAGGAGCUGGGGUACUGCUGUGGGAGGAAGUACGAGUUUUCCCCCCAAACUCUUUGCUGCUACGGGAAACAAUUAUGCACCAUCCAACGCGACGCUGCUUAUUUCAGCUACCAGAACAGUUCACCAAAAUAUGGGCUUCUUGCUGACAGGUACCACUUCUGUGAGAAGUGUUUCAACGAAAUCCAGGGCGAGAGUGUGUCCCUGGGGGACGACCCCUCUCAGCCUCAGACGUCCAUCAAUAAAGACCAGUUCCAGCGGAAGAAGAACGACACCCUCGACCCUGAGCUGCUUGUGGAAUGUACCGACUGUGGUCGUAAAAUGCACCAGAUCUGUGUCCUGCAUAAUGAAACCAUAUGGCCUUCGGGCUUUGUGUGCGACAACUGCCUCAAAAAGGCAAAUAAGACGCGGAAAGAGAACAAAUAUGCAGCCAAGAGGCUUCCUCAGACCAAGCUGGGGAACUAUUUGGAGAGCAGAGUGAACGACUACCUCAAGCGGCAAAGCCACACCGAUGCCGGGGAGGUCACUAUCCGCGUGGUCCACGUCUCGGAUAAGGUGGUCGAGGUCAAGCCGGGCAUGAAGUCCAGGUUUGUGGACAGCGGAGAGAUGGCCGAGUCUUUCCCGUACAGGAUGAAAGCCCUGUUUGCCUUCGAGGACAUCGACGGAGCGGACGUUUGUUUCUUCGGCAUGCACGUCCAGGAGUACGGUGCCGACUGCCCGCCUCCCAACCAGAGACGAGUUUACAUUUCCUACCUAGACAGCGUGCACUUCUUCAAACCCCGACACCUCAGGACUGUCGUGUACCACGAGAUCCUGCUCGGCUACCUGGAGUAUGUCAAAAGGCUGGGGUAUACAACCGGUCAUAUCUGGGCCUGUCCUCCCAGCGAAGGGGACGAUUACAUCUUCCAUUGUCACCCAGCGGAUCAGAAGAUCCCGAAGCCCAAACGCCUGCAGGAGUGGUACAAAAAGAUGCUGGACAAGGCUGUGUCUGAGCGAAUAGUCCAUGAUUACAAGGAUAUCUUCAAGCAAGCAACGGAGGAUCGUCUGACCAGUGCCAAGGAGCUGCCGUACUUUGAGGGCGACUUCUGGCCCAACGUACUGGAGGAAAGUAUCAAGGAGCUGGAGCAGGAGGAAGAGGAGAGGAAGCGUGAGGAGAACAGCACCUCCAACGAGAGCACAGACGCCACAAAGGGAGACAGCAAGAAUGCCAAAAAGAAGAACAACAAAAAAACGAGCAAGAACAAGAGCAGUCUGAGCCGAGCCAACAAAAAGAAACCAGGGAUGCCCAACGUGUCCAAUGACCUCUCCCAGAAACUCUACGCCACCAUGGAGAAACAUAAGGAGGUCUUCUUCGUCAUCCGUCUCAUCGCCGGCCCCACCGCCAACUCGCUGCCCCCCAUCACAGACCCGGACCCCCUGAUGGCGUGCGACCUGAUGGACGGCCGCGACGCCUUCCUGACUCUGGCCAGGGACAAGCACUUGGAGUUCAGCUCGCUCAGGAGGUCCAAGUGGAGCUCCAUGUGUAUGUUGGUGGAGCUCCACAACCAGAGCCAGGACCGCUUCGUCUACACCUGCAAUGAGUGCAAACACCACGUGGAGACGCGCUACCACUGCACCGUCUGCGAGGACUACGACUUGUGCAUCACCUGCUACAACACUAAACGCCACGAGCACAAGAUGGACAAACUGGGACUUGGGCUGGACGACGAUAGCAACAACCAAGCGGCAGCUGCCACCCAGAGCCCCGGGGACUCACGGCGCCUCAGCAUCCAGCGCUGCAUCCAGUCGCUGGUCCACGCGUGCCAGUGUCGAAACGCCAACUGCUCCCUGCCAUCCUGCCAGAAGAUGAAGCGCGUCGUCCAGCACACGAAGGGUUGCAAGCGCAAGACGAACGGCGGCUGCCCCAUCUGCAAGCAGCUCAUCGCUCUGUGCUGCUACCACGCCAAGCACUGCCAGGAGAACAAGUGCCCCGUCCCGUUCUGUCUCAACAUCAAGCAAAAGCUCCGGCAGCAGCAGCUGCAGCACAGACUCCAACAAGCCCAAAUGCUGAGGAGGAGGAUGGCCAGCAUGCAGAGGGUUGGGCAGCCAGCCGGAGGGCCGCCAGGAGGACCUGUUGUUGGACUUCCAUCACCUGGAAACAACGGCAACACGGCACCCAGUACCCCGACAUCAGUUGGGACCCAACCCCCAACUCCCCAGACUCCAACUCAGAGCAUGCCUCAAGUCCAACAGCAGGGAAUGGGUCCUGGACCUACAGUUCAGCAGCUGCAGCAAAUGCAGCAAAUGCAGCAACAGCAACAGCAAAUGCAACAGCAGCAGCAACAGCAGCAGCAGCAGCAGCAGCAACAACAAGUAGGAAUCCCUCCUCAACAUGCCCUUCAUCACCAGUUCCAGCAGAUGGCAGGUGGUGGAGGUGGCGGAGGGGGGAUGAUGAACUCUCCGCAACAUCAUCAGCAGCAGCAGCAGCAACAAGGUGGAGCAGGGCCCAACCCUCAGCAACAACACCCCAACAACUUGCCUCCGUACGCUGGCAGACAACAGGCGUCCUCCCCGAUGCACCCGUCCCAGGGUAAACCAGUGCUCGGCUCUGCAACACCUCCCCAUCAGCAGCCUGGUGGGGGUGUCAUGGCUGGGAAUGUGGGGCCCCAGCAACCUCACAACCAGCAGCAGGGUCAACCUUCCCUUCCACAGCAGCAGCAGCAGCAACAACAACAGCAGCAGCCCUCGUCUGGCCCGCCACCGGCAGCAGUAGAAAUAGCGAUGAAGAUUCAGCAGGUGGCCGACGCCCAGAGGAAGAUGGCCCUACAGAGACAAGCCGCCCAGGCAGCAGGCCUCAUGCCUUCUCAUCACCAACAGGGUCAAGGUCAGCAGAUGGGUAUGGGACACCCAGGGCCGGUAGGGAUGGUCGGACCACAGGGCAUGGCUCAGCAGAACCAGGCGGUGGCUGCAGCUCGGGCCCACAUGGAUCAACAGCAGGGCGCUCCUCCGGGGAUGAUGGUCGGCCCUGGUGGUCCAAUGCAGCCACAGCAGCAGCAGCAGCCGCCUCAACAAGGCAAUCUACCACAGGGCCAGCUCCCUCCUCAGGUGCAGCAUCAGCAGCAGAGGAUGGGUGCUCCGCUCCAGAACCCGCAACAGCAGCAGUGGACCGGACAGGGGAUGCCACCACAGCAGAGACAAGCGAUGGUGAACCAGAUGGGCCACCCGGCCAUGAUGGCAGCUCAACAUCAUCAGCAGCAGCAGCAGCAACAACAACAACAGCAGCAGCAGCAACAACAAGUUCAGGGCCAUGCUGCCUUGAUGAAUAUGGUACAACAGCAGCAGCAGCAGCAGGGUGCUGGUGGUGGGGUCCCAGGUGGACCUAUUCCUGGAGCUGCUGGUGUUCCAGGUGUUGGUGCCGCUGGUGGGAACAUUCCCCAGGCAGCGCUCCAAGAUCUGCUACGGACUCUCCGUUCACCGAGCUCACCUCUCCAGCAGCAACAAGUCCUCAACAUCUUGAGGUCAAACCCGCAGCUCAUGGCGGCUUUCAUCAAGCAGAGGGCCUCAAAAUACAAAGGCGGGCAGGGGGGCCCUGGUGGACCAGGAGGACCCGGUCCCACGGGGGGUCCUGUUGGGAAUGUGGUUGCAGGAGGUGGCCCUCAGGUGAACAUGAACCCUGCUGGGCCCGGACAGCCGGGGAUGCACAUGGGGGGUCAGGGAGGUACGAAUGUGAACAUCACCACUAUGGCUCAGCUACAGCAGGUUCAGCAGCAGCAGCAGCAACAACAACAACAACAACUACAACAACAACAACAACAGCAGCUACAACAACAACAGCAGCUACAACAACAGCAACAACAGAGGCCAAUGCUCAGUGGUUUGCAGCAGCAGCAGCAGCAGCAGCAAGGAGUAGGAAGAGGGAUGCAGGGCCAGGGGCCACAGAUGGGGAAUCUGAACGGACCCCAGUUUAGAGAGUUGCUCAUGAGACGACAUCUUCAGCAGCAGCAACAACAACAACAACAGCAACAGCAACAACAACAACAGAUGGGAGUGAAUCACGGUCAGUUCCAGCAACCUCAGCCUCCACAGGGGCAAGGAUUCAUGGGACAACCUGGGAUGCAGCCUCCUACAGUGGGACAGGGUCCACCUGGGGGUCCACCCCUUGGCCCCCAGCAACCCGGUGGCCCCCCAGUCCAGCAGGGGCAAGGUUAUCCAGGAUCAGUGGCCCAGCAGCAGGCCACAGCUGUGCUCCAACAGAGGCUCCAGCACCAGCACCACCUCCAGAUGCAGCAGCAGCAGCAGCAGCAGAACUCAAUGGGGGGGGACGUGGGGCCAGGCGGAGGGGCCGUAGGAGGCCCCCAGCAGCCACCUCAGGGCCCUCAACCCAAUCAAAGUGGCCCCCCAUCUUCAUCUCAGGCUCUGCUCCAGCAGGCUCUCCACCAGAGGCUCCUCCAUCAGCAGCAGCAGCAUCUAGGCCCUGGAGGGUCCCCGGCCCAACACAGUAACCCCAUGAGCCCUCAGCAGCCCCAGCAGAUGGCCCCGUCCCCCCACCCGCACCUGCAGGGCCAGGCCAUGCCCACGUCGCUGGCUAACCAGGUUCGAUCCCCGCAGCCGUCGCCGAGGCCUCAGUCGCAGCCUCCACACUCCAGCCCGUCCCCCCGCAUGCAGCCCCAGCCGUCCCCCCACCACAUCUCGCCACAGAUGCAGACAGGUUCUCCGCACCCGGGUCAUCUGAACCAGCACCACCCGGGAAUGGUGGUCCCUCCUCCACAACAACAACAACAGCAGCAGCAGCAACAGACGACGAGUCAGCAGAUGGAGCAGUUUGGAUCGGACCAGAGCGCCAUGCUGUCUCAGCUGAGCGGCAUGGCGGGUCUACACGGGCCGGGGGGCAACAGUCAGGACCCGAUGGGGCAGAACAUGAAUCACAACGCUUUAGAUCACAUCAUCUAGAACGACUUCUUCUUCUUUUUGUUUUUUAAAGUGUCGGUGAUUCUUUCGCACAAACUGCACUCACCCAGGACAGUGUUAUUGUUAUUACUUAGCCUUUCUUUUCCUUUUUAUACUAUUAUUAAAUGUUAUUUAAAAUGUUCUCAAUAAAGAUGCAUUGAACUGAACUUCCUAUGGGAGAUGAACAAUAAAUCAAGAAGCAGUCGUUUAAAUGAAUUAGAAUAAAUGAAUUGUAAGUUAUUGCUGUUAAUAUAUAUUAUUAUUAUUAUUUUUUAUUUUUUGCCAAUUGUGGACAAAGAGACCCGCCACCACCACCCUCCACCCUCACCCCAGCGCCACCUCUUACAGAGUAUGAUAUUUUCGGGGAUUAAAUAAGAAGUACUUGCCUUUUUUCUUUUUUUUUUUUAAAAUGAGUGUUUUUAAGAUUUUAAACGCGGUUAAAAUUAAAGAACGAUUUAAUGCAAAGGUUUUUUUUUUUUUCACAACAUCCAGUCUGUGAUUAUUAUUUUUCAUGCAUAUCUUCCUUUUUCUGUUUUUAAAUGCUUUAUUUAUUGUUUUUUUUUUCUCCUUGUGGGGUGGGGGGUGUAUUCUGUACCCUGAGACUGCUACAAUUCGUAAUAGAAAUAUAUUUUUGUUAAAGACUGUUAAGAGACGGAGGGGAAGAUGUUUCUUUCACUUUAGAUCUUGAGGUCGUCUCUUUGCAGGCGGAGACGACGUCGAGUAUUUUAUCCGAGUUUUUUUUUUGUUUGUUUUUUGGAGGGGGGGUUGAGACCCUCCCUCUUUCUCUCUCUGCUGGCGAACAUGCGAGCCCUCUCCCUCGAAUGUGUGCGCCCUCCUUCCUUUAAAAAGACACUUGACGUGGAGGCGUGGGGAGGGGCGGUGCAUACCUGUGUGCCUGUAACAUUUUUGAGUACAUGGGGCUGGGGAUGAUAUGAUAGUACAAAUAAAAUGUUUUUUUGGGGGGGGGUGGGAUGGGGUGGGGGCUCCUUUUAGUGUUUUCUAGGAUUCUGCUGUUUGCCGUAAAACAGAGGAUGUCGAUCCAAAUGAACUGUGUUGCACAGAAAUGAGGCGAAAGAAGGCGUCUCUUUCUGCCUCGUCCCCUUUUUGCUGCUUCCCUUUGGACUUUAAAUACCCCCCCUCCCCGCGUCCUUACCACAAACUCCAUCCUCUUUAUCUUUAAGAACUUUGGGAGUUUAAUUUAAUAUUUUUUACUGUACAAAGGAAACUGUGGACUCAAAUACUGUUUUUGUUUUUUUUUUUUGUUUUGUUUUUUUAUAAUAAAAUGAAAAUUACCAAUAAUA